UUCACAGACUACAGAAUUGAGAAAUACGUGUGUAGAUUCGAGCUCUGUGAAUCUGAGAAGUAAUCCUGCUUUGGCGUAAAAUUUGUGAAAGAGCUGAACUUCGGAGCAUUCGCGAUGGAAAUGGUGGAGACUGAUCCACUUGUAUCUGUGAAGCAAGAGAUCGAGUAUGUAUGCGUUAAGCAAGAAUCUCUGGAUGUGCAGGAGUGGGAGGUGCCCGAUGAUCGGAACAAUGCACAGGAUCCACUAAGCAUCGAUAAAGAGGAAUGUCCAUCUCCAGAAGACCAUCUUAUGUCCAGUACAUUCAAUAUUGUCAAAACAGAGUAUGAGGAUGAUGAGGGGCACACAGGGAGCAAUAAUGACAGGGAGGAUUAUUCACCAGAAAACUUCAUUGGAUGUAGCACACUCAAUAUCGAGAAGACUGAGGACGAGGAAAAUGAGGAGGCAGUGAGAGAGGAGCACAUGGAGGACCUCAAACAUGAAAUAGAAUCGACAAGUAGUGGCAGUGAACCCAAAAGUACUGUUUCCAUUGGUGCGGAGGAUGACAAGAGUAAUGAUGACAGCAGCUGUUUGGUUACCAACAUUUCCCUGGCUGCAGGAACAGGCAGCAGGGAACAAUGCACGGCAAACGAGGAAGCAUGUUGUGGAACUAAAAGUGGUAUAAUGCCUGUGCGGCACGGACGUAGCAUCUGCAAGAAGACGUUUGCAGGGUUGCAGGAAAUGAAGGAGCACACGCACGUGGACAGACGUGAACGCCUGCGUUCGUGCAGUGUGUGCAACAAAACAUUCACAACAGGCGCCAAUCUAAAGAGACACUUCAGAGUGCACACUGGUGAACGCCCAUUCAGCUGUAGCGUUUGCAACAAGACGUUCAUACAAAAUGGAGAUCUGAAGAAGCAUUCGUGGUUGCACACUGGCGAACGCCCAUUCAGCUGCGGGGUUUGCAACAAGGCAUUCGUACAAAAUAGUGACCUGAAAAAGCAUUCACGGUUGCACACUGGUGAGCGGCCCUACAACUGUGAAUUCUGUCAUAAGAGAUUCAGAAACAUAAGCAACUUGAGGGAACAUUCGCGAGUGCAUACUGGUCUAAAACCAUACAACUGCAACAUUUGUCAAAAGAAAUUCUCAUAUGAGAGCAACUUGAGAAAACACUUACUGCUUCACAUGAGGAAAUGCCCAAGUACUUGAGAAGUGUUUCCAGAGCCAUUCACAACGAGCUGCAAUGGGAUAAGAUGUCAGUUUCGCACACAAACACAAAGCACAUCAGCACAGCCUAUAAAUAUACUUUAAACUGGUGAACACACUUGUCGAUGUGAUAGUAUCAUAAGAAGUUCUAGAGCAGAAAUAGCUUAUCAGUGUAUGAAAUUUCACAUCCGGUAUGUUCAUAUGUCUACUUGUCCUGUGGGGUCAUGAGAAAUAGCGAUAAAGUUUUGACUAUCACAUAUAAAAAUAAAGUUGUGGUGUUUGCAUGUACUGCUGUUGUUCAGAACGGUUAUAGCCUUUUCUUUACAAUAUUCCAAAUUUGUUACUGACUUUGUAAUAUUAGAUAUCUGAUUUUACUCCAGCAUGAGACGUGAACUCGGAUAUUGAAGUAAAUGAAAUAUCAAAGUUUAGCUCCAAAUUACUACUGACACUACACUUCCAAACAAAACAGUUCAACAAAUCCAGAAGCCAUUUGUUCUAAACAACCAAAACGUGGCCCACAUAUGAGAAGGCCAGCUAGCAAGCAAGCAAAUGAGAGAUAUCUACAUAAAUAACAUUAUGACUUGAGCAUAUGAGACAACUACAUAAGUACCAUUUCUUGUAUGUUUGGUUGUAGGCAGGUUGAGAUGAUUACCAUAGUUCCUCAUUCUAUCUUCAAGACACACAUACCAAAUAGGUCCACUGUAUAUGACUGAAUGCUACAUAUUAACUGUAGGACCUUGUAGCAGCUGAAAGGAACCUAUGACCAAAUGCUCAGACCUUGCAAGUGGGCUGUGGUCACUGCGCGAUAUGCGUCCAGAAGACAGAACCAUGCAAUAAAACCCAACACGUUGAUAUGUCUAGUGUAAAAUCAAAAAUGUAUAGCUCUUAACUGAGAGAAGUACACUAAGACCUAUUAAUUAAGUGACGUAGUCUCUUCUACUACAAUUUAAGAAUGUGGGGUUUGCUUAUCUGAUGCAACAACAUUUGUCCAUCACUUUCAACUGAAGUACCAGUAGCACAUAUUGAUGUUGCGGUGUCACUAUCUUAGCAUUAGCAGUUCAGUUUAAAAUUGUGCUUGAUGUUUUGAUAUAAGAGUGGUGCGAAGAUUUUGUAGAAAUGAGCUUUCCACUUUAGGUGAUAAUGACACGUGUAUGAAGAGGUUGUGCAAAUCUGUAUCACUGUGCGUCUUGUUGGAAAAGAGAUUUCAUUAUGUCUCAGAAUAGUUGAGUCAUAUAUAAUUUUCACAGUGAUCAGCUACUGAUAACUAACUCAUUGUUUUGGUCAUUUUGCAGCAUUUCAUGUUACUUAUAUAAUUACUAAAAUGAGCUAAUUUUUGACAGAAGUGUGUGUGUGUGUGUGUGUGUGUGUGUGUGUGUGUUUGUGUGUGUGUGUGUGUGUGUCUUCAAAUAGUACCAUUAAAAUUCGUUUCCCCUAAGGUCAUCAGCACUUAGACUAAUCCUUAUUCAUGGUUACUGUUAAGUCAGUUUUGAAAUUUCAGCCUUUGCUGCAGCAAAAUGUACAAAUGCUUGUGGUACUUUUGGAUAUCUCUAGCUAAAAUACGUAACA